CCCUUUGUCAAUUCCCAGAGCGUUCCCACAUCCUCCUGGCAGGCCACCAACACCAUGUGGCCAGUGCAGAGAGGGAGAAAAGGCUAUUGGAAAGUGAAUUCCGGAAAUUUCUUUGUGGCUAUUCUUUUUCCUGGACAUUUUAUGUAGACAACAGGCAUCAGCAUGCCUUGCUUGCACAAUUCCACUGGCCCUGAGCCAUGUUGUUUCUGAGUCACAUUGCAAGUGAAUAAAUUUGUUGUGCUGCUCCAGUAAGCCACACAACGAUGUCAGCCAGCACCAAGAUGAGAAGCAGAAAGCAAAGGCAGAGAUCUACAGAUAGCGUAAGUAGGAGAAUGAAUUCUCACUUUAGCACAGCACGGAUAUUGUAAAGCUUUUGCGCCGAAUGCAUGCAAAUAAAUGUUACCUGAUUUCUUUUAGCCCAGCACAAGGAUGGAACUGAGGAAACGAUGCCGAAGAACGACAAGUAACGUAAAUACAAGAAUAAAUUCUCACUUCUGUGUACCACAAAGUUUUCUGAUAAUUUUCUGAUUCUGUUUUUUGUUGUUGUUGUUGUUUUGCUGAACUACUUACUUGUUUUACUUUAUUUUAGGAACAGCAAGUGGAAGAAAGCUGCAGAUAUAGAAAGAAGGUAAGAAUGAGAAUGAAUUGUCACUUCUGCACAGCACAAAUAUGGCACUAAAUAUUUACUAGGUUAUCGUGUAGCAUCCCGCAAAUAGCUUAGUAAUAAUGAAAAUAUUUCUGUUUUGGCAAGAUUUGUAGCUGCCUAUCAUGCAUUUGGUAGUGUUUUUAAAGUGACCAUUAUGUAGCCAUACCUUCUUAGUAAAUGCAUAUCUCGACAGAAAAAAACAGUAGCACUACACAAUAAAGGAAGAUAUGCAUAUGUUACAGUGAAUAUUCAAAAUUUGUUUAACACUGACAUUCACACAUCAGUGCUGUCAAUCCUUAUUUAUCAUUAUCAAAGCAUCAAAUACAGGAGUGUAUAUGCAAUCCUUUUUAAGCAGAUCUCACAGGGCUCUUCUUUCUCCCUGCAGCAAAAUCCGUUUGUGAUAUAGACAAAUGCCUCUGUGCAUAUGCAUCUAGAUAGAGAUCUGGUUAUUUACAAACUAUAUUCCUUCCUUUUCUGCUCUGGCAUACAUAACUCGCCUGGUUUUUUUGUUUUUGUUUUUUAAGAAGGAAAUGCAAUCCUCCAAUAGAAAGAUUGGGUCUUCAUCCAUUACAUGGGGAUAAUAAAACACAAUAUCACUUUGUUUUGAAAGAAGACUUGUAGGAAUAAGGUUCUAAGGCAAAACAUUGUAGGAGUUAGAUUUAUUAGAUAAUGCAGAAAUGUUCCUAUAAAUUCAGCUCCUAGAUCAUACAUUCAACUUGCAUUAUACAUUAAAAAAAAUAUAUCUCCCACACUUCAGCAGAUUUGUGGUAUGCGGAACACACGUAUUUCAUGGCAGGUUUUUCCUGUUUUUCUCAGGCAGCAACAAAGUAUAAGUUUCUCUGUCGAGAAGAAUGUUUAUUCUUAACAGAGGGCAAUGAAGUAGUGAAGUUUGAUGUGAAUGGAAUCUCUCUCUCUAGACUCCAGCAAAAAAAUGGUAUGUUGUUUCUAUGCAGUCUUUUUUUAUUAUUUGCAAGUUGAACAGAAAAGGGGGAGGGGAUGAAAGACAAUAAAAUAAAAAAUAGUACAUGCAUAAUACGAAUAACAGCAUCAGUUUACAAUCUGAAUGCAAUAACAAUCAGUACAGACAUCUGAAGUUAAACAUCUAAGUUAAUAUAAGCCCUCCAAACGUUCAGACUGAUAUCCACACAAAAUUGACGUUUGUAUUACGGUAAAUAUGUACAAAUUCAGCCACGACAGUGAGGUCCUCCAAUCACGGCGUACAAGGCUCAAAGUGCAAGCGCUUACAAAGUCCACUUUUGUUGCUUUGAUGUUAGUUCCCCUACUAGAGGAAUAUAAUUUAAAAGCACAUGAACCUCUGAAAGUAUCAGGCAUUUCGCUAAUACAAAAUUGAUGCAGAAUGAGACAAGUUGGUAUUUUUUUUUCCCUGUUUUGCAACGUUUGCUUAUACACUUCUUUAUUUCAUAAAUAAGAGGCAGAUUCACUCUUGCACUCGGAAAGUAAUGAUAGACAACAGGCAGGCAUCCUCUGUUUUUAAUGGAGGCACUGGCGGAGGAAGAGGGGGGCGGGGAGAGCGCACUGCCCCCGGCACCACAAUCCCGGUGGGGUGCCAUCGUGGCUGCCCCCCACUUGGUAUAUCAAACAAAAGAACUUUCAGGAGCGAAAGGGAUGGGUUUGCCUUCUCCACCCCUGAAACCAGAGAGUUCUCUCCCUGCUGGUUAAGCCUAGAACACUAUUGAAAACAAACCCUUAACAUUAAAUGCUAAGGGUCAAACUAGUUAUGGUUAAUAUCAAUAGCAAAUGCAAUUCUCUAAAUAGUUGCCUUGUUUUUAUGUUUUUAAAUGUAUUAUUGCUAUGAUGUCGUAUUCUUCUUGUUAGCCACCAUUAGACUAUUUGAUGUAAAGGCUGGAAACAAGUUUAGCAAAGCAACCCUUUUAACAAACAAGCAACCCUUUUAACAAACAAGCAAAUCAUGAUGACAAUAUAUCCUGCACAUUUUAUUACAGGAAGCAAAUGCAGUUACUGUGAGAGAAAGAAUACAAAAGGAAUGAUCUUUUCCUUUGAGUUAAUCUAUAAGGACCACACCAUUUCCUUGUUAUGACUAAGCAUGACUGCCUUGGCCACAAUACAGCAGGAGGGGCUUUUAGUCAUAGGAACCUUUACAUGCUGCCUGAAAUGGUAGAGCCCAGAGAUAGGUUUACUACUUCAUUGAUAAGUAGCCUAAUCAAAGGGAGAAAUGGGACAUGAGAAUAUUACCACUCAUUGCUAUAUUAUAGUGGAAUGAUAGAUGACAAGUUAGACGGUUAACACUUUGAUGUGUAUUAUAUUUAGAUAUCAGAUGGAUGACUACUUGGGUCCAUUACUUCCGUGUUCAAGGUAAGAAUUGGGUGACAGUGAUCCAGGUUUUUUUGUUUGUUUGUUUAAUUCUGUUUUUGAUUUAAAGGUCAAUUAAAAAAUGUACAACAUUACUCUUUGAAAGUGGGGCUGCCUCCCACACAAGUCCUUAAUUAUCCCCUACAGUGAAGCCAAUUUACCCCUCUUAUACCAGGAAUGUGUGAUAGAGGCUUAAGAGCAAAAUGUCCAUUUUCUAAGCAGUGAAAUAAGGAAGCAAGAUGCAUGCAGCCGCAACACUUGAGAAGUGAGGUAUCAUCUUCACUUUAAGAGUAACAUUCAUUAUCCAAUCCAUGUUCCUUUGUUGUUGUUGUUUAGUCGUUUAGUCGUGUCCGACUCUUCGUGACCCCAUGGACCAGAGCACGCCAGGCCCUCCUGUCUUCCACUGCCUCCCGCAGUUUGGUCAGACUCAUGUUUGUAGCUUCGAGAACACUCCAUGUUCCUAGUCAGUACAUUAAAUGUCCAAAGCAGUAAUUGCACCAUAAAAGUAUAUUGCAGUAUACUCUGAAGACUGAGACAUUUCCGGAUAAAUAAUCUGUAAAGAUUAGUCUGGCAGGCUGGUACUGUGGCCUAUCAAACGAGAAGUCCCUUGCCCUGUGUGACACCCAUCGAUUGCAGCAGAUGAAGCCAUGCAAUCUAGGCCACAAACAGACACCAGAUAUACAACAAGAAAAAAGAAAGUUUGGUAAAACAAAACAAUUGGCUUGGGACAAUUAAAACCAAUGAGCUAACCAUACACUGUAUAUCAGGUGGGACAAAAUAAAAACCAACAAACCCUCUCCGUGUCAUUGCCAGUUUGACCUGGAGGAAAGUCCUUUAUUUGUCCCAAACAUAGUGAUAUACCAGACCCUAGUCCCAAGCUGCCUUUUUGGAAUAUUUUUUUUUUUUAUUGUACUUCUGUCCCAGAUUUUUCUUCAAGGAGCUCCCAGUGGCAUAUAUGGUUCUCCCCCUCCUCAUUUAAUCCCCACAAUAGCCCCGUGAGGUAGGCUAGCUGAGAAGCACUCACUGACCCCAGGUCACCGAGUGAGCAUCCUAGCCCCUGGUCCAACACUCUAACCACUGCACCACAUUAUCUGUGGACUUUGCUGCCAUUGCUUUAGCAUCUUUUGCACUCAGUCUUUGUGCUCCCAAUCAUUUUUGGAACAUUGAACUUACGUUGUUUCACAUGUGUCACCACAGAAUAUAUAUAUAUUCCAAUGGAUAAUUACCUUAGCUCCAGUAUUUUAAAUUCUAUUAUAAAUUUAUACGUAAAUCCUGUUAUAUCUAUUAUGUUGCACGGCACUUCCUUCUUAUGCCCCUCUUUUCUUAGGCCCAGGUCGUGGCAGGUUAGUUACUUUUAGCCAAGUGUCCAAUGAACAAAACAAAUUGCUGGUGCUGACCAAAGACAUUGACCACAAGCAACUGAAGGUAACCCAAGUCUGUUUAUGUCUGAGAUGGGAUGGGGACUGAGCAUCACAGAAAUGCAGGCAGAAGGUAGAAAGUAAUCUGCACGUUCUGAUUAAAAUAUGCAUUUAACUUGAAAUACUUUUGCCCAACACAGACCUUAACUGGUAGCUGUGUGAUUCUUUAUUGAUCACUGUUAUGCCUACGGGCGUGGUUGCUCAAGAUCCCCAUUGGUCUUUUCAAAGGCUUUAUUAUUGGUGCAAAAACAUUUACAGUGCAGAAUGUCUCACUUCCAUGUCUUGCUCAGUCACUAGCAGAAUCUGAGAGUGGGCGGUCCUUAAACUUUCCCCAGCAGAGUAGUCUCUUGACCCCCAUCCGAUGCCUCUCCUCUCUGCGUGUAAACCUACCGCGCAGAGAGGGCGUGGCUAAAGGGGGACCUGCCUCCCCCCCCCGGCCAUUCACGGUGUCUUGGCUCUCUCUUGCAUCCUCCGAGCCUUUCAUCCGUUCCCCACUAGAGGCAGGGCUUCCCUCCUCCGCGGAGGAAGUGCUGCUUCUCACGAUCUUUGGAGGCUCCCUGUAACCCAGCUGCCCUUCCGCCUCUCGCCUCUGAGCUGAUGGCGGCUCCCUGACAAUCACAUUUUUGCCAUUUCAGCUGCACCCUUUUUCUGGUCACUGACACUGGCCAAACCUGAAAAAUCCAGAUGAUGUUGAUUUAAAGGUAAAGGGUAAAGGGACCCCUGACCAUUAGGUCCAGUCGUGACCAACUCUGGGGUUGCGGCGCUCAUCUUGCUUUAUUGGCCGAGGGAGCCGGCGUACAGCUUCCGGGUCAUGUGGCCAGCAUGACUAAGCCGCUUCUGGCGAACCAGAGCAGCGCACGGAAACGCCGUUUACCUUCCCGCCGGAGUGGUACCUAUUUAUCUACUUGCACUUUGACGUGCUUUCGAACUGCUAGGUGGGCAGGAGCAGGGACCGAGCAACUGGAGCUCACCCCGUCAUGGGGAUUCAAACUGCCGACGUGCUGAUUGGCAAGUCCUAGGCUCUGUGGUUUAACCCACAGCGCCACCCGCGUCCCUGAUGUUGAUUUAGGACCAAACUAAAUAUUGCACCAUUCAUAAAAAUAGUCAAAGCACAAAUCUAUCUAUCGUCUAUCUAUCUAUAUGAUGCAGUGCAUGAAACAGCAUUAUUAUAGUACAAAAAGAUUAUAAAGAGCUGUAUUGUUCAGGAAUUUAUCAAUCCCAUAUGUAGUGAAACUAGCAGCCUAGUACCUGUCGUUGCUCAGGAAUUCUAAGAAGCCAAAAACCCAGUGCAGUUUUGAAAGGUUAAAUCUGGCAUCUUGAUACUAAAUGGUGUUGAAUUGUAUCCAAACAUAGAUGGAAACCUGCUCCUUGAUCUCCUGAUCAUACAAAAUUUGAUUAUGAUUUCUUUGGAGGUGUCCAAAUCCAUAGCAAACAACAUUUUCAAAAUAUGUAGUUGAUAACGACCAUCAUUUUAAAAAUCUGUUGGUUGGUUUGUUACUUGUUCUUCUACACUAUGUCCUAUCUAGUCAUUAUUUUGGUAUCCCAUAUUUUCCCAAAGCAUUCUGAAACUAAGAGGUCUUUUCUUUGCAGGUGUUUUCAUGCGAUAUGCCAAAUAAGCCACAUACUAAGGGCAAAAGGUUUGAUAUCACUAAGGUACGAAAUCAACCAAUAUUUUUUUCUGAAGAACAUGAACACUUAGAAAUGCUUUAUGCCAGGUCUGUACAAUUUGUGACCCACCAAACUGAGCACAAUUCACUAUCAAUAUCUACCUACUAGGUACAUACUUUACAUGGCUCAAAAGCUACAUUCAGUUUUAUAAUCAUAAGUGGUACAGGCUUGCUAUAUGCUAUACUGUUUCAUGCUCCUCAUAGUCCCUUUUCAUCAUCAUCAUCAUCAUUAUUAUUCCACCCAUCUGACUGGGUUCCCCCAGCCACUUUGGGCGGCUUCCAGGAAAAUAUAUAAAAACACAAUAAAACCUCUAACAUUAAAAGCUUCCCUAUUAAAAGCUGUCUUCAGAUGUUUUCUAGUCAGAUAACUGUUUAUUUCCUUGACAUUUGAUAGGAAGGUGUUCUACAGGGCAGGUGCCUCUGCCUGGUUCCCUGUAACUUCAUUUCUUGCAAUGAGGGAACCGCCAGAAGGUGGCAUGAGAGUGCUUUAAAUGUACAGGGUAGAAAGCACCCAUGACUACUCAGAAGUAAGCCCUAUUGACUUCAAUGGGGCUUACUUAGAUAUAAGCGGGCUUGGGAUUGCAGCUUUAGUCUUGCUUGGAAGAAGCACAGGAGGCUUGGGAGUGAAGACUCAUGUGUUGUCAUCAUCAUCAUCAUCAUCAUCAUCAUAAUUUAUUAUUUGUACCCCGCCCAUCUGGCUGGGUUUCCCCAGCCACUCUGGGCAGCUUCCACAAAGACCAAAAAUACACUAAAAUGUCACACAUUAAAAACUUCCCUGAACUUAAGAUGUCUUCUGAAUGUGAGGUAGUUGUUUAUCGCUUUGACAUCUGAUGGGAGGGCAUUCCACAGGGCGGGCGCCACUACCGAGAAGGCCCUCUGCCUGGUUCCCUGUAGCUUUGCUUCUCGCAAUGAGGGAACCACCAGAAGGCCCUCUGCGCUGGACCUCAGUGUCCGGGCAGAAGGAUGGGGGUGGAGACGCUCCUUCAGGUAUACUGGGCCGAGGCCGUUUAGGGCUUUAAAGGUCAACACCAACACUUUGAAUUGUGCUUGGAAAUGUACUGGGAGCCAAUGUAGGUCUUUCAAGACCGGUGUUAUGUGGUCUCAGUGGCCGCCCCCAGUCACCAGUCUAGCUGCCGCAUUCUGGAUUAGUUGUAGUUUCCGGGUCACCUUCAAAGGUAGCCCCACGUAGAGUGCAUUGCAGUAAUCCAAGCGGGAGAUAACUAGAGCAUGCACCACUCUGGCGAGACAGUCCGCGGGCAGGUAGGGUCUUAGCCUGUGUACCAGAUGGAGCUGGUAAACAGCUGCCCUGGAUACAGAAUUAACCUGCGCCUCCAUGGACAGCUAUGAGUCCAAAAUGACUCCCAGGCUGUGCACCUGGUCCUUCAGGGGCACAGUUACCCCAUUCAGGACCAGGGAGUCCCCCACACCUGCCCGCCCCCUGUCACCCAAAAACAGUACUUCUGUCUUGUCAGGAUUCAACCUGAGAAAGGAUUAACUAUUCGGCUAGAGUGCUAUUUAGUGUUAGAUAUAAAACGGUUGACCGGGGAGACUUAGGUCCAAAUCCCUAUUUGGCCAUGAAGCUUGGUAGGUGACCUUGCACCAGUCAGUCUUUCAGCCGAACCUACCUCACAGGGCUGUUGUGAGGAUAAAAUGGCAGAACUGUGUACUCUCAGGCUCUAGAAGUGUACAGACCCUCGAGUGAAGCCCUAGCUGAAUAAAAAGCUAGGAAACUCGUUAAAGAGUGGUCAGUAAUCACCAAUUUGUAUGGGAAGUUGGAGUGGCGCUGAGAAAUGUAUGUGCUUCCAUAAAAAAAUUCCAGAGGCAACAGAUUGGCCAGUGGCGUAUGUUUUUCCAGAGUGCACAUGCAACAAAAUGCAUAUAUAAAGUGCAAGGGAGACAGUGAACCUUCUUACUCUGGUAUAAGGAAGGAAUUGCAGUGCCAUUGAAAGUGGUACUUUAGAAAAUUCCCCAGGACAUGGUGUUUUUAAAAAACUCUUAUUUGAACAUAUACAGUGGUACCUCGGGUUAAGUACUUACCGGUAAUUCGUUCCGGAGGUCCGUUCUUAACUUGAAACUGUUCUUAACCUGAAGCACCACUUUAGCUAAUGGGGCCUUCUGCUGCCGCUGUGCCGCCGGAAGCUUAUCCUGAAGCAAAAUUCUUAACCUGAAGCACUAUUUCUGGGUUAGCGGAGUCUGUAACCUGAAGCGUAUGUAACCUGAAGCGUAUGUAACCUGAGAUAGCACUGUAAUGGUAUCCUGCUAAUAUUUGUCCUUUUCUUUUCUUUUCUUUUCUUUUCUUUUCUUUAAUAAUCUUAAUAAUCUAUAUUUUGGUAUUUCCAUAGCUAAGUGCAGAUGAUCUAAAAUGUCAUCUUUUCUUCAUGGAUAAAGAAAAAAACGGAGAAGUGGUACAGCUUAAGUGCCCUGAAGAUACAACACACUAUAUUCACGCGAGUCGGACACUGUUUCUAAAGUACAGAGACACAGAUGUGACGGAUGGAUCAAUAUUCCGCUUCAGGGUGAGAAACUGAUAAAUAAAGGCACUCCCAAGAUCUUGCAGUGUUUUGACAUGCAAGUGUAGCAGAAGGGCAGAAGCCAUGGGGAGGGGUUGUGGCUUAGUGAUAGAACAUCUGCCUUGCACGCAGAAGGUCCCAGGUUCAAUCCCCAGCAUUGUUAGGUAGGGCUGGAAAAGACUCACACCUUGAAGAGCUGCUAUUAGCCAUUGUAGAUGUACCAAGUGUCUGCCUUGGUGCAAGGUAGCCUCAUAUGUUGCAAUGGUUGGCAAUUUAUUGCCACCCUUCUUUUAGGGCUUUGCAAUGACAGACCAGAUGUACAAGUUAGAUCUCCCCCUCCCACCCAUAAUAUCUAGAGCCACUAACCUGUGCUGACUGACAGGGACAUGGGUGGCGCUAUGAUCUAUACCACUAAGCCUCUUGGGUUUGCAGCUAUAAGGUCAACAGUUUGAAUUCGUACGAUGGGGUGAGCUCCCGUUCCUCUGUCCCAGCUCCUGCUAACCUAGCAGUUCGAAAGCAUAUGAGUGUGAGUAGAUAAAUAGGUACCACCCAUUGCACCAGAAGUGGUUUAGUCAUGCUGGCCACAUGACCCCAGAAAAGUUGCCUGCGGACAAACACUGGCUCGAAAGCAGAGAUGAGUGCCGCACACCAUAGUCAAAUUUGACUGGACUGAACUGUCCAGGGUUCCUCAACUUUACCUUUAUCUUAGUUUAUUUCCAAAUCUUUCCCCAUAAUUGGCAGCUUAUGAUGUGGGGUGGCAUCAGAUCUCCCUGUCUUUAAAGCUGAGGCUUGAGGGAAGAAUAGCAUUAGGGCAGCCAUGGGCAUAGCUGGGGGAGGAGCAGCUUCCCCCCAAACAAUAAAAAUACUUAAAUAACCGAGGUUCUGCCCCACCACCAUAUGAAGCCUGGCUAGGACCAUGGGGGGCAACAUAAAAAUAAAAGCGCAACGACACUGUAAGGAUGUCAGCAGUGACAUCGGGGCAGAGAAAUGAGCGAAAACUGAGGGAGCAUGUGAGCAAACUUAUGCAAAUAUCCUGUAUUGAUAUCCUGCACUGCUAUCUUCCUUACCACACCCACAGCAUAAACUGUGCCCACUGUUACUGUGUGCAAACAUUGGGAUGGGCCAACUGCUCUUGCCCAGUUACACCCAAGCAGCAAAAUUGCCAUAGUUCAUUGGGUGCUGAUUCUGGAAUGUCUGUGCAACCUCUUAGCCAAGUGCCAGAGAAUCAUAGAAUCUUAGAGUUGGAAGGGACCCAAGCGUCAUCUAGUCCAACUCCCUGCAAUGCAGGAAUCCCAGCUAAAGCAUCAAGUGGGCUUUCUGUAGGGGUGCUGGAGAAUUCCAUCGGAAACAGAAAAGGGAGCAGAAAUCCCCACAAUCUGCAUGUUUGUUAGAGGGCAGGAAUGGAAGUCACACGAGCAAAUAUGACCAGUAUUCUGUUCUUUUUGUCUGCAAGCAUGUUUACCUUCCAUUGAAAUCAGUUGUGCAAAUUUUAGCUAUAGCAGAUAGUGAAGGAAUAUAGGUUUUGGCAGAAUCUGAACUGUAGCAGAUCUGAAAUAGUGCGGAUUGCAACAAAGCCAGGACUGGGUGAAUUUUGCACCCCUAGCUCCCUGUUAUUUUAUCUGUUUGAGGAAUAAAUAAUAUUAAUACAAACAAUAUUAAUCCCAGGAAAGCAGUUUAGAAGAGAAUCUUGCUUGUGUGCAUCCUUUGGAGAAGUAUGUGUGUGUGAGUGUGUGUGUGUGUGUGCCCCCACUCCCUCUGGGAGUAUCCUUGUUUCUUCGUUUUCCCUUCAGCUGGUGACUUCCAACUUCUUUCCUUUGUGUAAACUUUUUAAAGGUUAAUUCCUCAGUAUUGAAUUUUUCUAGAAACAACCUAGCUAUCUGAUGUCAUAGAGGGGACAUAGUCUGUCACUUUAUGUCUGAGAUAGGCAACCUCCAUGGACCUAAUUUGGCCUGGCAUGGGUUCCACUUUUGCCAUAAUGCAGUUUUCCCCAGACCAGGUCCUUCAGCCCCUGUGUGGUGCUUUGAAGUCUCAAGCACUCAUGGGGACUUCAAAGCAUCCCAUCAUUCGUUUCAGGGAUUUGACAGGUGAGUGGCCCUUCCUACUGGUUGAAUUUUCCGAACAAGGAGUAGGGAAGAUAAUGGUAUUUUUCACCUAUCAGAUCCUUACCUUCAUUCUUUUGACUGAAACACAACAUAUGAAUAAACAGUAACAGCAUAACAGAUCUAGUUCCCUGCCUUUGAUUUAGAUGAUGGAAGCCGAUGGCUCAUAUCCUGUAUGUAAAAUGCUCUAGUUUAAUUCUCCCCACUCCAACUAUGCUGCCUCCAUUCAUACACUCCUACUGCUGUCACUUGUGCACUGUGAUAUUUUAGAUGAUAACUCCCAACAUCCCUGACAAUUAGCCAUGCUGGCUGGAGUGGAUGGGGACCUAGUUGAAGGCUGCCUUAAGAAAUUCUAGCACCGACUCCUUCCGUCAAGUCUCUGCAUGCAGUAAACUCACAGGUGGAAUAGGAAGGCAAGAGCAGGCUGCUAGAUAGGUUCUUGAAGGGUGAGGAGAAUGAAGUCCUUGGUUUCAAGUGAAUGGCUUACUGCCAUUGCAGAACAUAAGAGGUAGAUGUGGAGAUAGUGUAUUGGAGGAGAGUGGGAUUAAACUAGGGCACCUGAAGUUGGUUUUCUUUUUUGGGGCGGGGGGUUUCACUGCAUGCUAGAUGGAUAAUUCAUAGUCGCAUUUUAUAAACAUAUGAUGAGCGCCUUGUUGUUAUUCAAUUUGCUAUCCAGUUCCAGCUAUGGUUACUUAGAAGUAAGUUCCAGUGUUUUCCCUAUUUAUGUUUAGAAUUUCAAAUUUGGUAUUGUAGUAGUCUUCAUGCACAGAACCUGUAUUUAUGACUCUUUCUGUAUUUUAACAGCUCACAAAAGCUGUCCAGCCAUGAAAGUUUGCAACUGCAUAUGUUCAAGUAAGAGAAGAUCCCACAUUACACCACCUGUUUUUGUAACUCUGUGUUUGAAAUAACCAAGUAUAGUAUUUAUUCAAUUUGAUGUAGAAUGACAAUUUGUUGUACUGUGCACUUAAUUACUUUCUAAUACAUUUAAAGAACUGGGACUAGUAUAUCUUAUCUCUUUAUGCUGAUUAAGAUCCUCUUAUUGUUUUCCUUUGCUGUGCAAGAUAGAAUCUGGUAACAGCUAGGAGCCUUUGUAAUGGCCCCAAGGCUUUGUAACAACCUCCCUAAGGAGAUCAGAAAUAGCUCUUCCAUUAUGGGCCUCUGAAAUGACUGCAACACUAACUUUCCCUGGAUGCCAUUUGAAAGCUGCAUAAAAUUUGAUGAAAGAUUUGUCUUAAUUUUUGCUGGCUACUGAUAUAUAUUUUUUUGCCUUCUUAAAUUUAACUGUUUUUCUUUUUAUAUUUUUAUACAACCUGUAUUGUAGUUGUAGAUCUCUUAAUGGAAAGGUUGAAUGUACAUAUUUUCAAUAAAAGUAUUUUAAAGC